AGCAAUUUAUGGGCUGGGAGCCAUCAACUUUCACUGGUGGUUCAGUGUUUUUCACACAGGUAUAAUGUGUUACUUAGUCAUGUAUCACAUUUCACUCCUCUCUGUCUCCCUCUGACAGAUACACUGUCACUUUUGUUGCUUGGUAACCUGAUCCAGCUGUUGUCCAGAGGACUGCUGUAACCAUAGUAAUCGCCUGUAUAAUUUAUCAGCCCAGAGUAGUGAAGACAUGGAGCAGGAUUGUGUCGCUGGUCUGUAUCAGUCUCUGGGUAUGUCUGUCGGAGCGGAGUUUUCCUGUGAAGAUGUGAGUCUCCUCUUCCACAAAGUGUUUCACGUUCCGUCCAACACUGAUGAAGCACAUACAGCUAUGAAGAAGAUUGCUGGAGGUGACAAUAGCUGGUCCUGUGCUGGUGAAAACAUUUUCGAUGUUCUCUUAGAAAUGGAAAGGGAGAGAGAAAAUAAAGAAAAGCUGUACUGGGACCUCCAGCUGCUGAAUGUUAGAAAUCUCAACACUCUCAAUGUGAUGGACAAGCCAGUCAUCAUUGAUCCUCAUAUCCCAAAUUGCCUGAACCAGUACACAGAUCCAAAUACUUUCAAAAAUGCUUACAACUCAGAUACAGGACCCUCACACUCUUGCACAGUUGACGCAGACAGUUCACAGACAGGGAAAAUAAUGGGGAAAAAUGAGCAAUAUGGGAAUGUGAGGAGGCUUAAGAAAGCAGCCAGGCAGUGCUGGGUGAGAUUGGCAUCAGAGGGUGUGCAAAGCAUGCUACCCUCCCCCUGGCAGGGCCAUAUCCUGAAAGUCAAAGGUCAGGCAUGGGGCUGUGUCUCCCUGUCAGACGUCCUCCUCUUGGUGGAAGUGAAGUAUGAUGUUAUAACCCACUUGCUUUACACAGAAAUGCUUCAGGAGCACCACAGUAAGAGAAAAACAUCUCUGAACUGUCAACACAAUAUAACACAGAACAAUUUCUUUACUUCAAGCACAACUUAGUCAGCAUUACAGACCCUGAUUCAAAUGCUUCACAAUCCUGUUUUCCCUUCUUCUCCACAGCUUUAAGUGUCUGGGAAACCUUGCUGCCAUGGCAGCGACACAAGGAGGAGGAAGGGCUGGAGGACCUCACAGAGGACGCUUUGGA